GAGAGACGGCGGCUCGGCGGGGUCAUCCAGGCGCAGGCGCAGUGCGGUGUUUGUCUGCCGGACUGACGGGCGGCCGGGCGGUGCGCGGCGGCGGCGGGGAAGAUGGCGGCGUCCUCCCUGGAGCAGAAGCUGUCCCGCCUGGAAGCAAAGCUGAAGCAGGAGAACCGCGAGGCCCGGCGGAGGAUCGACCUCAACCUGGAUAUCAGCCCCCAGCGGCCCAGGCCCAUUAUUGUGAUCACUCUAAGCCCUGCUCCUGCCCCGUCCCAACGAGCAGCCCCCCCCCCCCCGCCGGCCAAUGGGGGGGGCAGCCGCUCACCGUCCUCCGAGAGCUCCCCACAGCACCCCACACCCCCUGCCCGGCCCCGCCACAUGCUGGGGCUUCCGUCAACCUUGUUCACACCCCGCAGCAUGGAGAGCAUCGAGAUUGACCAGAAGCUACAGGAGAUUAUGAAGCAGACGGGCUACCUGACCAUCGGGGGCCAGCGGUACCAGGCAGAAAUCCACGAUCUGGAGAACCUGGGCGAGAUGGGCAGCGGCACUUGCGGCCAGGUGUGGAAGAUGCGCUUCAGGAAGACGGGCCAUGUCAUUGCCGUCAAGCAAAUGCGGCGCUCGGGGAACAAGGAGGAGAACAAGCGGAUCCUCAUGGACCUGGACGUGGUCCUCAAGAGCCACGACUGCCCCUACAUCGUGCAGUGUUUCGGGACCUUCAUCACUAAUACGGAUGUUUUCAUCGCCAUGGAGCUCAUGGGCACGUGCGCUGAGAAGCUCAAGAAGCGGGUGCAGGGCCCCAUUCCCGAGCGGAUCCUGGGCAAGAUGACGGUGGCGAUCGUGAAGGCGCUGUACUACCUGAAGGAGAAGCACGGCGUGAUCCACCGUGACGUCAAGCCCUCCAACAUCCUUCUGGACGAGCGGGGCCAAAUCAAGCUCUGCGACUUCGGCAUCAGCGGCCGUCUCGUCGACUCCAAGGCCAAGACGCGCAGCGCGGGCUGUGCCGCCUACAUGGCACCUGAGCGCAUAGACCCUCCGGACCCCACCAAGCCAGACUACGACAUCCGGGCCGACGUGUGGAGCCUUGGCAUCUCCUUGGUGGAGCUGGCGACGGGACAGUUUCCCUACAAGAACUGCAAGACAGACUUUGAGGUCCUCACCAAAGUCCUGCAGGAAGAGCCCCCGCUCUUGCCCGGUCACAUGGGCUUCUCGGGGGACUUUCAGUCCUUCGUCAAAGACUGCCUUACUAAGGAUCACAGGAAGAGACCAAAGUAUAAUAAGCUACUUGAACACAGUUUCAUCAAGCGCUACGAGAUGCUGGAGGUAGACGUGGCAUCCUGGUUCAAGGAUGUCAUGGCGAAGACCGAGUCACCGAGGACUAGCGGAGUCCUGAGCCAGCACCACCUGCCCUUCUUCAGGUAGCCACGUGGUGGCGGCCAGCCCCACCGGGGGCCGGGGGCAUGGCCACAGGCCCCCCCUUCCCCACCUGGCCAGCCAGCUGCCCGCCAGGGGAGACCUGGGAUCUGGAUGGCUGCUGAGGGCUGAGGACAGAAAGUAGGGGGCGCCGACCCACCCCCGACUCCCUGCCCACCAGCUGUGGACAGAUGGGCUCGCCAGGCCCCAGCCCUUCCCGUCCCGGGGUCAGCCGGCCGUGCGCGUCCCCCUGACAGACACUGUGAACGGAAGACAGCAGGCCACGAGCAGACUCGCUAUUUAUUCAGUCGUAACCUCUGGGCUGGGGCGGCCCCCAGGGCCCGGGAGAGAGCCGCCCGUCCUGCCCCUUCCCUCCCCACCCCACCCGCUGUGUGUUGUCCCCUCUGCCUCCCCUCUGCAAACACGUUCCUUGUGUCUAUCCCCUCUCUCAUCCCUCGUGUACCUCUCUGGCUUUCCCCACCUCCUUCCCUGCCUCUGCCUCUGCCUCUCUCCUGGCCCAGAUCUGGGCUCUGCCACCCCCAGGGGUGAGGGGGGGACCCCUGGGUCCACUUAGGUCUCCAGCAACGGCGAGUCGGUCGGCUGGUGUCUUCGCCCCAGGAAGGCGGGCUGGGCGUUAUGACUACAGCUGGACCUGGGCUGGUCUUUCUCUCUCUCUCUCUCUCUCUCUCUGUCUUUCUCUGUCUCUCUUUGAUCUCAGGGGGUCCUUUUUGGAGUUUAUUGUAUUUUAUUGUACUUGGUGGGGUGUUUGGGGGGUGGGGGGAGAAGACCUUGUUCUCACGGGGUUUGUCGGUACCUUCAGAAACUUUUACCAAAGUCAUGUUUAGCUGCUUGCGGUGGAGCCCCUGACCGCCUGUGGGCACGGGCGUCUGGGGCUGGGGGCCAAGCCCCAAAGGUGGGCUCUGGGGGCGUUCCUCCUCCCUCGGGGCCAGCCCUCGGGGCUGGAGACUGGCCACAGCUUGGGGGGUGAGUUGAGGACCUCAGGGGGCAUGGAGGGAGCCCAAGGGGCCGCGGCCACACAGGGUGGCCUUCAGGGAAGGCGGGCACAGGGCACGCCGAGGGCAGCAGGCGCUGCCGCGGCAGGGAGGUGGUGGAAGGAGUCGGUGGCAGAAGUGGGGCCGUGGAGCCCCGGGGAGGCAGGGAUUGAGGGUGCAAGCGGUGAGCGUGGGGGUUCGAGGACGUGUGACGGGACAGAGGUGGGGCUGGCUGAGGGCUGGGCGUGUGCAGGCAGUCACGCCCUCGUAGUGCCCCUGAGCGCCCCUCGACUCCCCCAGAGCUGGCCAGUCCGCCCGAGCCCUGUGCAGCAGCCGGAACGGGAGGGGGUGUGUUUCCUUUUUGUUGGUGAUGCAUGCAAACCAAGUGGACGACAAAACAAAACAAAACAAAAUGAAAAAAAACAAAAAACCCACCAACACCAAAGGUGAGGAACUUGGCCGGAUGUAGCUGAAGCAGUCUAGACCUAGGCAUCCCUGUAUUCUCUUGUUCCUGUCCAUACUCACGAAAUGCCGCAUGUUUAAAAGUACGCAAGUUCUCUGCUCUUUGCCCCCCCCUCCCCGGGAGGGGAACGGCCACCUUCUCCCACCCCGGUCUCCUUUGUGAGGGGAUGGGCGCAGGGUGGGGGGCCGACAGGCCUGGUCCCCCAUCCUCCCUCGCCUGGCCCGGCCAGGGGGGCCUUUGCGGGUAGCUGGAAGGUUCCAUGGCUGGUCCCAGGGCCAGCGCAGGCCCUAGGCCGGCCACCUGGAUUUACUUUUAUUUAACUAUUUUCUGUUUUGUGAAUGUGUCUGCCCACCCCUGCCCUCCUUCAGUGUUAAGUGGGAGUUCUGGGGGAACCUCUUCCCCUCUGCCUCUUUCCUGGCCUGCCCUCCGUCACCGGUCACCAGCCCUCCCUCUUGACCAGGCAGAGGGUGGAGCGGGCGGGCAGGGGCCUGGGGUGGCCCACAGCCCCCUUCUCUGGUCGCCAGUAUUCCCCUGUCCCUUUUUAAAAUGAAAUGCCCUCGUUUGUAAAUCCUUAGACGCUUGAGAAUAAAACCCCUCCCUUUUCUUC